AUGUUCAUCUUUGUGUUGGGACUCGUAAGCAUCGCUGGUGCUGCUGCAAAUCCACUAACAGCUCGGUCUGUGUGUUCAAAUCCACCGAGACCGGAUGAUAAAAUACGCAAAGCCUUCCUAGAGGGACAUAACAAAAUCAGACAGGAGCUUGCCACUGGACCUAUGGACGACGACGGGGGCGCUCUACCGGGAUCGACAAGCUUGUUUAUGCUGUCGUACAACUGCGAACUGGAAAUACAGGCUCUAGUAGCUUCUAGCGCAUGUGAAUCUGAGAGCAACACGCCAAGUGACAUAGAGGGAAAAUCUAUUAACUAUGGAAUAACACGUGGUAACAUUGACGCUCCUUCUGAUGAUCAAGCUGUAGACGACAUAGAAAAAUUGUUGGAGAAAUGGAAGGAGACGCGUUACAAUGUCAAUUUCGACAAAACUACCGUUAUCUACGAGAGCGAAGAUGCUGCACCGUUUGCAAGGAUUGUUUACAACAAAUCGAUUUCGCUGGGAUGUGCGGUAUUUCAGUGUGUCCCGAAAAGAACUGCAUAUGCUUGCGCAUACAGUGCCAGCCCAGUCUUUGGAAAACCGCUUUACUGGCCCUCAACGAAAGGUGCCGGGUGUACGAAACACACUGAAUGUAGAAAGGCAAUACCUGGUAAAGCUACCAAGUGCGAUGCUACUCUAAACCUCUGCUCAACGAAUUUGUUGACAUUAGAUGAUGACACUUCGACAACAGCAACAACUGAAAGCGAAACCACCGUAGAAUCUACUUCAGCAGAAACGUCGACUGCAGCUCAGACUUCGCAAUCCACUGCUGCAGUUCAGACGUCGCAAUCCACUGCUGCAGCUCAGACUUCGCAAUCCACUGCUGCAGCUGCUGUCACGACACCGGCUGGUGCCAGUGGUGUGAUGACCGAGGAGUUGCGACAGAUGGUAGUCGAUACGCACAACACAGACAGAUCGUUGGUUGCUCAGGGGGCCGUCAGAAAUGGAAAACCAGGAAAUGCGAACCUUGGACCAGCUAUCGAUAUGUUACGGAUGAGAUACGACACAGCGCUGGAGACAGAAGCACAAGCCUACGCUGAUACUUGUGCUCUCAAAAAAUCUGAAGUAUCUACUCGCCCUGAUUCCGGUGAAAAUACUCAUGUUAUUCAGUCAUCGACAGUUACAGUAUCCGACGCAUUGACAAAAUCAAUGCAAACAUGGUGGAACCAAAUUUUAAGCAAUGGCGUGAAUGCCAAACUGCACUACACAGCGACUCUAGAUACAAAAUCCAAUGCUCCUCUUGGAUUCACUCAGAUGGCCUGGGCUGCCACGUACAAGGUCGGAUGUGGAGUUAGCCGUUGUUCCUCUUCCACCUUCGUAGUGUGCCGCUACAACCCUCGUGGAAAUAUUAUCGGUCAGUACAUCUACAAUGUUGGCGCUAAUUGCCGAACAUGUAUGACCUCAUCACUGAAGUCCCUUCUGAGCGGUCUGUGCGCCUGGUUCCAGCGCUUCAAAGCCGGGAUCAAAAAACUCAAAGAUGAGCCUCGCUCUGGUCGACCAACUGCAAUAACGUUCGACGAACUCAAGAAUCUGGCGGAGCAGCAUCCAUAUGAAGGUAUGCGGUAUUUUGCUGCCAGCCUUAGCUGUUCGCUUUCCACCGUGAGCGAUGGACUGCGAUCUCUCAGAAUGGUGAAAAAGCUCGGUCAGUGGCUUCCACAUGCAUUGUGCGAUGGCAACCCCCAAAGACGCCCUGACAUCUGCACUCAGUUGCUCUUCAGAGGCCGCAGAUUCGAUUGGCUCGAGACCAUUGUCACUGAAGAUGAAAAAUGGGUCCUCUACGUCAACCACACCUACGAACGUGGUGCGCUGGCGAUGAAAUGCCGUAUUCUUUCGUGA